AUGUUCGGUCGAUUUCGAGUAAUUGUUAGUCGGCAGCCUGAGACCCUUCCUAUUGAUGCUUCGCUUGCUUCCCGAAUGGGAAGUGCCAUCUUUGUGCCUUCGGUGGGUACUGAAUGUGCAGUCGAAAAGUCAAUUCGAAGAACUCUUCUGUGGGAUGACGUUUCGUUGUUUAUCGCGAAACAUGUUGCUUUCAUGGAAAAGUUGAAGGGUGGUGAUUGUUUUGGACAACGCCCAAAGUUAAUGUCGCUGAAGGCAUGGCUUGCGAAGCUGGAAAAAGAUCAUCAAGGUCCGGUGUCCUCGACCGGGCAGUAUAGAGCUGAAGACUCUCUCCGUCCCGGUCAAACCACAAUUCGGAACCCCAACAUUCAAGUCGCUCACGUGGAAGCAGCCUCUGCUCAUAGUGAAGACCAGGGACGAGUGUGA